AUGAAGUCAACAACAGCGAUCGCUAUGCGGUUAUCAGAGACACCAAUUGCAUCGGCAAAUGCAUUCGUCACCGGUGCCGAUUCAAUUACAAUUCGAUGGAAACUGAUCGACGAUUAUCCAGAACAAAUUAUAUGCUUUAAAGCCGAAUGGAGUCUCUCAACAAAUUUUGCUGAAGUUGAGGGUGUUAAAUUGACCAGUGAUGUAACAAAAACUGAAUUGGCAAUAACCAACCUUAAGCACGGUCUAAAGUAUGCAUUCCGUGUUAGCGCCGCUUCUCAACGAGGAUUCUGUGCACCAUAUCGAAUUCAACCAGAAUUAAUUGUUUUGUCCAUAUUCCCGUCAACAUUGGAGACACAAGUGAAACGAAAAAAAUCUGGGCUACGAACGCUAUUUUCGUCAAAUUCUAAAUUUGCAAAAAAUUUACAGCAUGGUCUUUAUUUGGUUACACUUGUCUACAAUGAUCAGAAGCUGUUGUGCACAACCGACGAUUGUCUGCCGGUAAUACCAAUCGACGAAACAACAUCAACUGUUAUUAAAGAAGAUAUUUUCUGGGCCAUCAAGUUAUCACUAUGCUGGGAAAACACACAAAUAUAUAGUGAUAAUCGAGAAUGCUGUUCAUCAAAUGCCUAUUUCCGGAUGAAAUUUAUUGAAGCUGUUACGGAGAUGCAAAAUUCUUUGGGAAUGAAAGACCUUGGCAGGCUACAUCCACAAACAUUGGUAUUUCCGGAUAAUGAAGCCACUUUUUUGGUCUCGAUUCUACGCGUCAGAGACGCACAAUUAUGUCAAGUACGGAGCAAUUGUGUAAAAUGGAUGUCAUCAAGCAAAGUCAAGAAGAGGCAUUCGUCGGCCGCAGUCGACUUCUUGUUUGAAAAAGUUGAUGAUUUGAUCAAAUUUCAUCACGAUUCACGGUUACGAUUGCAAAGAGGCCUUUACCUAUGUUACAUGCAGCUUCACUCAUCAUUAGACGCUAUCAGUGUCGUAGUCCCCAAGAACCUGCCUUCAAUGUUACCUUGUGUUUACAUACGUGACGACCCCCACGUCUCCAAAGAAGAGUGGGAUUGGCUCCGAAUUCUCAAAGAAAAUAGUAGCCAAAGACCCACCAUUAACCAACUGUUAUUCACCAAACGUCUGAUCAAAGCUUGCCGUGAAAUAUCGAGCUCUUUAAAAGUUGACGUUAAUCAGCUGCCUAUGCAUCGCAUUUACCGCCUUCAAGUAGUGCAAGUUGACGAAAAAGUUUCAGUGAUAUUGAUGCUACCAAAUACAAGUAAAGUUUGUUCGGCUCCGAGAUGGUCAUCUGGUGAAACAGAUUUGGAAGAAUCAAAACGAUCCUGUAUUUCCAUCCUGUUUCCGGUUUUCGAACUCCUUCAUCUCUGCGUCUACAAAGAAGACUUCUUGAAACGAUACAUUCGACUAUCCUUAAAAGUCGACCACUUAUACACGGUGGCUCAGUAUGAACACCGAAACUGCCUAUCCGACGACGACAAUCAGAUGUACAACGCCGUUGUAGAGAAGCUGAAAGAAUUUCAGGAAAAAUUAGCUAAAAUUUGGAAAGAUAGCAGAUGGUUGUACAACAUCGCAAAUGAAGCUUGCGAUAAAAACGCAGAAUCUACCUUAUUUUUAAAACAACUGAUGUUUUUCAACGGAAGUCUCACAGACUAUGAUACAAACUUCAAUAACAAAACAAAUUCGGAAAAGUCAUCUGAAAACUUGUCUAAAGAUAAGCUGUCUGAAAGCUGUGAAAAUGUUUCAACAGAAACCCAGUCACCCGGUGCUUACAUCAACGAAGAUCAUUCAGCUAUCGAUAAGCGGCGAUCUUCAACUGGCAUGCUAACGACAGGUGUUAUACGGGUUUAUACGGCUUACCAAUGUGGCUUUGCCAAAGGUACAUCUGUACGUCUUCAAAUAAGCUCUACAACAACAUCACGUGAAGUUGUGGCUCUCGUUGUCACUCAACUUGCCAAAGCAGCUGCAGCAGCAAAACUAAUCAAACGCGAAGACGCAAGUCUUCACGAUUACUGCUUGGUCGCUGUUAUUGGUUCAAGAGAAAGACGACUUCGCGACGAUUUUCCACUGUUGAAACUGCAAAACCCCUGGACAAAAGGCCGAUUAUUUGUAAGAAGGCGAGAUCGUGUACUGGAAGCAAUACACUUCGGGAAUGAAGCAACCGUGUAA